AUGCGCGUAUAUGCUAUCCACGCACGUAAGCGAUGGAUACUCAUAGUCGCCACCAUACCUGUGCUGGCACGUAUGGGCAUUGAUUUUUGGACUCUGACGGAAGCAUCAAAUGCAUCGGUGUCUGAUGAUGCACUCGAGAGGAGCAUAUCUAACAACAGCUGCGAGUAUAUUGGGCAGCCUGCUGUCAUCUCCAGACGUCAGCCUUUAUUUGGACUGGAGAUCUCCUCCAUCGCGAUCGCCCUAUUUUUCGAUACAUUUGUCCUCGUGCUGACACUCAACCGAGCGUACUGUCACGUCGUUGAGAUGCAUCGGCUGAAGAGAGCUAGUAUUACUCAGGUCAUUGUGCGAGACGGUGUUCUGCUCAUCUUCGGAGUGAGAGUGAUCAACCUGAUUGUACAGAUGCCACAACUCCAAACAUCCGACUAUAUGAUAGCAUUGGGUGGAGUCGUCGACGUUUACUACAACUAUGCCCCGAACAUGCUCGUCAACAGACUGGUUCUCAACCUCCGUAUGUACGACUCUGAGGAAUUAUUUCCCAACCCUCACCUCUCCACUAUGGUAUUUGCCGAUACAUCCACCGAAGGUCGAGUAUUGGGAAACAUCGGCGCCCCACUUGACCACGACCAGUGGUCGCACGGUCAAGGAGAGCCUGUGGAUGAUCCAUCGGAGUUUUGA